AUGAAUGAUAUGAUGGAGUCUUCGGCGGCAAUAGUGCCGCAAAUGACGGCUCCGUCGGUGUCCGCACACUCGGCCCAGUCGUCGGAAGGGUGCGUCGCCUCCGAGACCACCACUUCAGUCAAUACAAGUGCCAGUGCUGUCGACCCCUACAAUGGACUCGACUGCCAGACCAACGACUCCCUCAUGAUUUCAUUCAAUCCCAAUAAUAACCAAUUGUUGAAUACAUUGAUUGCUGGCAACAGCUAUAAGACCGACGAAAGUCUCGCUGAUCGCCAGUCAACACAACUCACGUUUUCCGAUCUGACGCCUCCUGUUCCUAAUAUAUCGACCCUCGAGUCCAACCAAAUGAGUCAAUUGAUGCCACCCACAGACCCCUCUCAGCCCACAUUUGAUGGCGUGUCGGGUGCCGUACCGGACACACAGAUGACUUCAAUUGCGAGCGAAUCGCCACAAAUCGAGAUUCCCAACAAUGAGCCCAUCAUACCAUCGAUGGCCCCCAAGAACUCAUCCAUAAUGGAGUCCAUGGAGUCAAUGGAGUCCGUCGACGAUAAUCAAUAUUCAAAUAUGUUUCAGCCGGUUAUGAACGGUCCGUCGGGUUCAGCGCCUCAAACGCCGGCGCCCUCUCCCAUAGCGGUCAUGGAGUCCAAUGUGAACGCAGCCAACAAUGCGAUGAAUUCCCAGAUGACUGUCCUCUCGUCGUUCGUCAACACCACUGUUGCCACUGAUAUGUAUAACAACCAAAUGGUUCCAAUGGAUCCAAUGAACCAAAUGGUUCCGGUGCUCAACAAUAAUGAUAACAACAAUGUGUCUCAAGUGAACGUGUCAUCCGAAGGCACACUCCCUGUCCUUAGCUUAGACCCAGCACUUCAGGAGCAACUACUGGAUGCCAUACCACCGCCGAGUGUGAACUUCCCUCCCGGACCAGUGCCUACCGAUGAGCAGGGUAUUCCAACGGCCCUUCCCGGGGAGUUUCCAAUGAGUUUACUACCAGUUGAAGAGGAAAAAGUCGGUGGCAUUGAGUCGGCAUCUGUUCCGUUGGAUAAAAUCGAAGCCACCAUUAAUAUGAACUCGAAAUCCAUUCCUACGCUUACGAACGCUGUAUCCCUGUCUCAGUCCGAAGUCCAUCUGAUUAAGAGUCUGCCACAACCCAUACCCGCACAGACGUUGACCACACUGUCGGACACUUCCAACGCCUGUCUCGACGCUCAACAGUUUAAUCUCAAUUACGACCACCAGUUGACCGAUACUUCUACCCAAUCGGUCUACUCGACUGCCACUGAUGUCCAACAAUCGCAAGCCCUUACAUCCACUCAAUCACAGCCCACUGUAGAGACAUCGACUGCACAACAGCAGCAGCACCUCCACCACCACCAACAACAACAGCUUCAACAGCAACAGUCAAUACCACAAUCACUUCCUCUACAACCACUUCAACCGCAACAACAGUCACAACAAGUUCUUACAACAGAUCCGUCAAUACAACAGCCAAUAGUGUCGGCGUCGUUGGGUAAUGUUCCCGAAGGCCAGUUACCACCGGCACCCGCACCACCUUCUGCUACAUCUAUAACUGUGUUUGAGUCGACACCCAAUGAGUUAAUGCCUGAUAUUGUAAAUCAGAGUCACUUAUCGAGUGGUUUACCGCCACCACCUCCUCUACAGCCCGUGCAGAACGUGAGCCAAUCAACGCUGCAAUCGAUGCCAGAGAUGAAUACAUUAACUAAUUUGGUUCCUGUGGUCGAAACCAGCGAUCCAUUGAUACACCAAACAUGUCGUCAACCCUUAUCCGUAGUCAUCAAAAGCGAACCCCAAUCUUACAACGAGACUAUUGUGAACAACGGCACCGACCUAUUGAUUGGUAUGACGAAAGUGAAUGACGACAAUAAUAAUCCGAUUCUUAAUAACCGCGAGAAGAACCCCAUAACCACUCGAGCGCCCACUCUCGUCAACAGUCAGGUGCGAGGCUUUCCCUUAUGUGUCAUAUCGACGGCACCGACACACCUGAUGUCGAAAAAUAACACUACAAUCGUUGCACCGAAAUACGAGUUAACACUACCUCCGAAGAAAGCAAAGUACGCCACACAAGGAUUAGUGUCAGUCACGCAGCAGUCGAUACCAUCGCUCUCAUCAAAGAUGUUGCCCUCAACGCAGGCGUCGGCCGUUCCGUCCACUGGAAUGAUAUAUGAUCUGCCGCUCCAUCAGACACACCACUCAUCCCAUUCUUCGACCACUUUUAGAGUACAACCAGAACUGACUCAACCCUCAAAAGCACAGCACAAUAUGACUCCCCCGUUCACAACAAUGGCUCCCAUCCUAUUCUCUGGUCUCAUGCCAUCCGUUUCGGUUGCAAUCGAUGGCCCGCUUUCUCUCGUCAAAGAGGAGAAAAUGCGUCAAUUGAUUACAACGACUGCGAUAACCAAUCAUCCGGACUACCCGGCCAUCUCUGGGCUCUUGUCAUUCAUCAAUCCGUAUCACAAAACGACCGCCACUUCAGUGACUACCGGUGUGGAGACACCACUGUCCCUAAGCGUGAGGAACAGUCUGACUCAACCACCCGUUACGGCCAACCCAUUGACUCAAAGCCACUCAUCAGUGACGCACUCGUCACACGUGCCUUCACUGACUCGUCCACCACUACAUCACAAUCAAAGCAUAACGUCUGCCACUACUUUAGUGCCCACACCGCCGACCGCCGUUCCCGUCUCUGUGGUCACGAGUGUUGUCGACCAGAAUAGAGGUCUAUCGCACCAGAGGAUCAAAGGCAUCGGUCAGAACAGUACCAAACAUAGACUUAACGUCGACCACAACACUUCUGGGUCGACUGGAGUGAAGCUCCAAUUGGCGCCAUUAUUAUCUGGAGAUCCGGCCAAACCCUUUCAGUGCGCUCUUUGUGGCAAACAUUUGGCCUCAAAAAAUGUCUAUCAAUUGCAUCUGCGCUCACAUUCUGGUGAAAAGCCAUUCACAUGUAAUUUAUGCGGCCAUUCGUUCUCGCAGAAGACAUCACUCACUCGCCAUAUGAGGUCACACACCGGCGAACGUCCCUUUCCCUGUCAGGUGUGCGGAAAGAGAUUUGCAGAUAAGGAGCGGAUUAAGAUUCAUAUGCGGACGCAUACCGGAGAAAAGCCAUUCGCAUGUGACAUAUGCGGCAAACAAUUCUCUCAGGUUUGA